UCAAUUCUAAGAGCAUCUCCAACAGCACUAGGCAUAUCUAAAAUUUGGAGAAAAAAACCACUAUUCACGCCCAAAAUGAAGUCCAGCAGCCUCUCUAUCUCUAUUUUUUUUUUUAGAUUUGCUACAGUGACUCUCCAGGUCUGGAGAGCACUGUAGCGAUCACUGUAGCAUUUGCAAAAAAUAUUUCUCAUUAAACUAAUACCGGUUGAAUUAAAAAAAUAGUUUUUUCUCUUUCCUUCCUUUCUCUUUCUUCUUCACUCCGUCUCUCUCUUGCUUCUCUUUAGAAAAAAACUCUCUCUUUGCUUCUCAUCAGAAAAAAACUCUCUGCUUCUCAUCAGAAAACGACGGUGAAGCAUAAAAUCGACGAAGCUCAAAAUCGACGAAGCUCUCUCUCACAAAACGAUCUGCCCAGAUAUUUUGAAGCCCAAAUCGUGGCUCAACCACCAGUGAGGAAGAAUGGAAAUCUGAGAACAUCGGUCAACAAUGGAAAUCUGAGAAUAUCGGUCGACAGCGGAAAUCGAUACUUGGCAGCAACUUGGGAAAUUUUGUCCAUGGGUCGUAAUACAAAUUAUGUACGUAAUAUGCUUCUAAAUGACUCUGAUUCCGAUGAUGAUUUUGAGAUAAUUGCGCUUCUUGCAUUGGAAGAAGAAAGAUUAGAAAAAGAAAGGGCAUCAACAUCACGUCGUGGUUCUGUUCCAGGCCGUAGGUGUAUCCAACGUGAUCAUGAGCAAGGCCACCAAAGACUUUUUCAAGACUAUUUUGCAGAAUCACCAGUAUAUCCUCCUAACAUAUUUCGGAGGAGGUUUCGAAUGAGUCGUUCUCUUUUUUUACGUAUUAAGUCUAAUCUAGAAGAGAAAGAUGAAUAUUUUGUUCAAAAAAGAAAUGCUACCGGAUUGCUUGGUUUGUCUUCCCUUCAGAAGAUGACUGCCGCACUAAGGAUGCUUGCGUAUGGAGUAGCGGCAGAUUUUACAGAUGAAUAUGUGAGAAUUGGAGAAAGCACUGCAAUAGAGAGUCUCAAAAAAUUUGUUGAAGCCAUAGUCGAUAUUUAUUCUACAGAGUACUUGAGGUCUCCAAAUAGCAAUGACAUUGCUAGGUUGCUAAGAGUUGGUGAAAGGCGUGGAUUUCCAGGGAUGCUAGGAAGCAUUGAUUGCAUGCACUGGAAAUGGAAGAAUUGCCCAUCGGGGUGGAAAGGUCAGUAUACUGGUCAUAGUCGUGAGCCAACAAUUAUUUUGGAAGCAGUAGCAUCAUAUGAUCUUUGGAUAUGGCAUGCAUUUUUUGGGUUACCUGGGUCUCAUAAUGACAUCAACGUGCUAGACCGUUCUUUUAUAUUUACCAACCUUGCUCAAGGUCGUGCACCUUCGGUGAAUUACUCAAUCAAUGGACAUGAUUAUACAAUGGGAUAUUAUCUUGCUGAUGGUAUAUAUCCUUCAUGGUCCACUUUUGUAAAGACAAUCUCCGUUCCACUGGGUAGAAAGAAUAGUCUUUUUGCUACAACUCAGGAGUCAACAAGGAAGGAUGUAGAGCGUGCGUUUGGAGUACUUCAAGCACGAUUUGCAAUCAUUCGUGGGCCUGCACGUCUUUGGAAAACAGAGGCUCUUGAUUACAUUAUGAAGGCAUGCAUAAUAUUGCAUAACAUGAUAAUUGAAGAUGAACGUGAUACUAAUGGAGCAGAAGACUUUGAUUAUGAACAAUUGCCUGAAAGCAUCCCUACAACAGUGUCCCAUGAGCCUGCAGAAGAAUUUAGUCAAUUUACGGCAUUCAUUGCAGCCCAUGAAAAAAUUAGAGAUACAGAAACUCAUUUUCAACUCCAAUUGGAUCUCAUUGAGCACUUGUGGCAACGAUAUAGUGAUUCGAUGUAAUUUGAAAUUUCUCUUCAUUUAUGAAAGUUUUCUACAGGUUAAAUUCGAUGUAAUUUGAAA